AACCCGAUCUUGAUUCGACCUAUCUGAUCUCCAAGAUGCAGGUCCCAACGCCAAAUGGCAUUCGGGAGUUGAUCGUUGACAAACCCUUCUGGGAUGCCGACUCUCCUUGUGGUCGAACGACAAGGGCCUAUGCUGCGUACGACAUGGUGGAAAAGAAGGUCGUGUUUGCGAAGGAUUCUUGGCGUGAUGAUGACGAAGAGAUCCUUUCAGAGGUGAGAUCUACGACACACUUCAGAAGAGCAAUGUACCCUUCCUGCCCAGAGUCAUUGCGGCUGGUGACGUAUAUGUGAAGGCAAAGAAAAGGAAGGCGUAUCAAAGGACAUUCACGCAGACGUGGUCUGUCCGUAGCGAUAAAGCUGUAAUAUGGCGCCUACCAUGUGCGGAAUUGCGGACUCUCAUCCACUGCAGAGUCGUUCAAGAACUAGUGUAUCCUCUCACAUCUGCGCUCUCAUCAAAGGAGGCCAUUCAAGCUAUCCGUGAUGUGAUAGCUAUCAAAGUCGUAUACCACGAUGGCAAGAUCCUGCAUCGUGACAUCAGUGCAUCAUGAUCGGUCAAUCCGGUCGGGGAGUUCUGAGUGACUGGGAUCACGCAUUGAAAGUCAUUCUCAGAAACACACCUAAAGCGUACCGAGCGGGCACUGGGCAAUUUAUAUACAUGCUAUUGCUUCAAUAUCCAAUGAAAGGCCAUGAUGUUCAGGAUGACCUAGAAUCUUCUUUCUGGGUCCUACUCUACGUCUCCCUGCAUUACUUCCCACACAAUCUUGGGUCGGCUUUCCAUGCCGGUUUUUUCGACGAAUGCAUGGAGCAGUCAGGCCUUCAUGUCGGGGACGGGAAGAUUCAUCUUUUAGAAGGCUCUCGGAAGCCUUGCGAUGCAAUGUCCUGUAACUCGAAGAAAACCUGUGCGCCAUUGAACAAGCUGAUUCACGCUGUCGGCAAGCUUUUCAACAAGUAUCAAUCGUGCUACACGAGUCGAGACGAUGAUGGUGAAGAUGCAGAGGCCCGGUUCAGGGCCACACAGGAGAAGCUCGAACAGGUGGAUGUUGUCUUGAAUCACUUCGACACUACUCUGGAAUGCGAUGAAUGGCCAGAGAAUGAUGUACUACCCGACCAAUUCCCAUCCAAGACCAGGAGGCAGGAAGAUCAUGUAAUCCAUGAUUUGAGCUCACGAGCUGUUGCUACUGCCGCCCUGGAAAGGCAAGCUGCUGUUAGCCAGCGAACCCUUCCCACUUUGAUAUCCGUCAUCCCUGGGGCACUUUACAGCGCUCGAUUAGUCCGGCAGGGGAGCGGACAGCAAGAUCUUGCAUCGGAAGCUGGGCCCUUCACGCCUUCCCAUGAGCUCUCGCAGCGCUGUGAAGAGAACACUUAAUGAAGUGCCCGCAGAGUUGCCAGCAUUCCGUUUGAAGCAGGCGAAGAUGUUGUCGGAGCGAAGCCCUCUGAACCAUGCGCACGAACCUCCGCCUCUUGAGAGACCAAUGGUGGAGCAUCGAUACCCUACACGUUCCAAGUCGAAUGGUUCCGAGUCCCGUUGGGGUAAUCUGCUCAAGGAGCCACAGCAGGAGAACGUCGAGAUGCAGGAUGUCCGAUGCCGAAACGCGAGUCGCUCGAGAACAAAGUCGAAGUCGAACAAUACGCAUUGUGUUCAGGCCACCACUAGCGAGAAGUCAACCAAAGAGAAGCAACAAACUCGUCGAAAGGGUAACAAUCCGGCCAAAUCAACGGCAGGCAGUGGGAGUCGGCCUCUACCCAACUCCAGUACGAGUCGGCGGGAUUAGAUUUUGUUUCUGCUUUGCAUUGUGUACUCUUGCCUGACCGCAAGUCUCUGUACUACUUAUAUUUACUUUCUGUGGUCUAUAGUAGUUUCGAAUUGAAUUAAGCAUCACAUUCUCUAUC